CAAGUCUGCACCAUGGGGAAGGACAGGCUGCCCGGUUGCCUGAGCAUCUUCCUCCUGCUCCUCUUCCUCCUCCCUGGAGACACCUCGCCCACCACCGAACCCGCCACGCUGGAAUACGCAGGGGAGAACAGGAGCCUGAUUGCAGAUGUGGUGUCAGAGAAGGACGUGUUCAAGUGCGUCCCGUUCACAGUUCCAAAGUCCAGCAGCUCAUCAGCAGCGUUUCUCACGGUGCUGGUGAAGGGGCCGACGCUGGAGUUCAGGAGCCGGAAAUCGGUGCUGGUCAAGAACUCAGAGAGCCUGGUCUUUGUCCAGACGGACAAACCCAUCUACAAACCUGGACAAACAGUUCUGUUUCGGAUCGUCUCUCUGGACGAAGACUUCCGUCCCCUGAAUGAGAAGGUAGGUCUGAUCGCUGGUCAGUUUCCAUGGCUGACUUGGUGAGCGCUGAUGAUGACCCUUUAAAGUCCUUUGUG